AUGGCAGCCUCCAUCCUUCCCAUCGACAGCCGGAGCGUUCAUCAAAUCCAGUCAGGACAGGUCAUUGUCGACCUAUGCUCCGUUGUCAAAGAGCUGGUUGAGAACAGUGUCGAUGCUGGUGCCACCACCAUUGGUACCGUGAUCGUUCCCCAUGUCCCCUUCUCAUCCACUCUUCUGAACCAGGGCCUCGAACUGAUCGAAGUUCAAGACAAUGGAUCCGGUAUUGCGCCUGCCAACUAUGCUUCCGUUGCCCUGAAGCACCACACCUCCAAGCUGUCCUCGUACUCCGAUAUCGCCUCGUUGCAGACAUUUGGUUUCCGCGGCGAGGCCUUGGCUUCCCUGUGCGCACUCUCCAGCGUUCAUGUCACUACCUGCCUCCAAGCGGAUGCCCCCAAGGGCUCCAGGCUCGCAUUUGAAUCUUCUGGCGCCCUCAGGAGCACCGAGGUCGUCGCCACACAGAAGGGCACCACUGUCUCGGUGGAGAGUCUCUUUCACAGCCUUCCCGUCCGUCGACGUGAGCUUGAACGCAACAUCAAACGAGAAUGGCACAAGGUCAUAGCCUUGCUCAACCAAUACGCCUGCAUCCAAACCAACCUCAAGUUCUCCGUUUCGCAACAACCCACGAAGGACCUGAAACUUGAGUUGCAACCUUCCGCUGCCGGCCAUGGCCUUGCAGUCCCUACGCCCGACAAGCAAAUGUUCUUUAUAAAUGGAAGGCCCUGCGCAUUACCUCAGUUUGCCAAAGCGUUCAAUGAAGUGUAUAGAUCGUUCAAUCACACUCAGUCGCCCUUCAUCUUUGCCGAUAUUCAGCUCGAUACCCACAUGUACGACGUCAACGUUAGCCCAGACAAGCGCAGCAUCUUUUUGCAUGACCAAGGCCGACUGCUAGACAACGUUCGUUCUUCGCUGACCGCACUGUUCGAUUCACACGACCACUCUGUCCCAAUUUCUCGACUAGCUGCCGAGAAACCGAAGCACCUUGAUUCCACAUCAACGAUGAGCGGUCAGAACAAGGUAGCACCCGUCAUGAACCAAAAAAGCGAGUCAAAACGGGUGUCAUUGAGACGUUCAUCGGCCAGGUCCCUGCAGUCUAGCAUUGACGACAUUGACGAUGAUGACAAUGAUGAUAUCAGCAACGACGGCGACUCAAGCGAUGAUUCAGAUAUAGAUUCAAGGGAAACAUCUGGAGGACCUAAAUCAGCAACAACAACAUCGGCGUCACGGCGCAGAAUUGAGCCAGAUCAAAACCUCAUCAGUCAGUGGCUGAACAACAAAGACUCCUCGGUGGCCUCACGGCAUUCAUCGUCAUUGUCAAAUUCUCGCCAAGCUUCCCAGGCUUUGUCGGUUGAACCGUCCGCAGUCGAACAAGAGACAUCCAUCUCGUCAACGCAGACCCGUGCGAUGCCUGGACGAAACAGGUCACAGCUUCCGAGGCCGGUUCAGGAUUUCAACGACCGGCUGGCCGGAAAAAGCUUUGUAGGGGCCACAACCACGAGCGAUGCGAUGCAAGAGGUGUCUUCAAAUUCAACUAUGGCAUCUAACGUUGAAUAUGAUGCUCCAGCCGCCCCGACUAGGUCCGAGAAUCAACUUCAACGUUCAAAACUUGGAAAUCCACUAUUGUUAGCUGAUACGGCUGUUGCUAUCGAGAACAAUAUGAACUCAAGCGAGGAUAACCCGGAAACAAUGGAGAAUAUACUUUUGAACAUAAACCGCAGGAACGCGAACUCCGGUCGCGAAGUACUGUCGUCGAGGCCCAUGCAAGACUUCGCCGAGCAUACUCUCGCGUCACUAGAUCCAGUGGAUGCAAAUGCUAAUUCCAGGAAAAGCCCUCCUGGUCCCAUAUGUUCCCCGUCGGACCUUCAUGAACAUGAUCGUGGUUCUCGGCUAGAGUCGGGAGGUGGGAGGGAUGCAGAGUCGGACGCAGACGCGCAGAGCCCACCUCCUGGAUCAUCCAACUCUUCUAACAAUGGUGACAGCACUGGGCCUUCGCCCAAGCGAUCAAAAUCUGUGGGAGUCCGGGCAAAGCGUGGCAGUACUGCUGCACUUGCAUCGCAGAUUGUGCGCAUGGAUGAGAAGACUUUGUCAUUCCUACUAAAGGACGUCAUCUCGCGUCGAUCUACAGAAAAUGUCGAGUCAAACGAGGAUGAUGGAGUCGACGAUAUUACUGCGCCUGAUGCGGAGUCAAAGCUUCCUCUCAUCAUUUCACGAAGCGACUUCUCAAAAAUGCGAGUUGUAGGUCAGUUUAAUAUGGGCUUUAUUAUUGCUGUGCGGCCAGCUGCCAUCGAGGACGACGAUUCUCAAAAGGUAAGGCAUGAUGAGAUCUUCAUUAUUGACCAACAUGCUUCGGAUGAAAAAUACAACUUCGAAAGGCUCCAGGCUACAACAACGGUUCAAUCUCAGAGGCUUGUUCACCCCAAGAGACUUGAACUGACGUCCCUCGAGGAAGAGAUUAUCAUGGAAAAUCUCGCAUCCAUUGAAGCAAACGGGUUUAAAGUUGAUGUUGACACCACAGGCGAUUCACCUGCCGGCUCCCGAUGCCAACUCCUAGCAUUGCCACUGAGCCGGGAGACAACAUUCAGCCUAGACGACCUGGAGGAGUUGAUAUCGCUAUUGGCCGACGAGCCGUACGAAUCAGGCCGCAUUCCUCGACCGUCGAAAGUGAGAAAAAUGUUCGCCAUGAGGGCGUGCCGUAGCAGCAUCAUGAUUGGAAAGGCCCUGACGUAUCGCCAAAUGAAGGCGCUGCUGACGCAAAUGGGACAACUAGACAAGCCGUGGAACUGUCCUCACGGGCGCCCGACGAUGCGACAUCUCUGUCGAGCCGCCGUGUUGGACGAUAGGGUCUGGAGUGGCGAUGCCAAAGCCACCGCCACGUCUGUGACAAAUGGGGACGAAACCCGGGCAGGGCAAAUACCGAGGUUAGGCCAUUGCGAAUGA